UUCCACAAUUCUAUUUGUUAAAAAUAAUCAAAAAUCGUGGUAUUUCGUGGUUCGCCGUACACCAAAACAGUCGAAAUUCAUGGUAUUUUGUAGAUUUUGGAUUUAAUGCAGCCAAAAAACUUGACAUAAAUAUAUAAAAAAUGCAGUGUCGUGUUUUCAAUUGUGGCAGCCGUAGGAGUAAAGGUUCCAAGGUGAGCUUUUUUUCGUUUCCUGAAGACGACGCCACUGCCUUCAGGUGGGUAGAAUUCUGCCGACAAGAGAAGCCCUUCAAUUUGAAUACCAGCGCCAUAUGCAUGAAGCAUUUUACAUUUAAUGAUUUCAUGGGAUUCACUAAACGACCCUUGCUCAGGCGCGGAGCCGUGCCAACCAUUUAUGAAUGCGAUAUACCUGCUGCAGUUUCUCGACCACAAGAUGACAGCAUAGAGGAUUUACUAUAUAGCUGCGAAGUUGUUUUGUCUGAAGCUGAUAAAGAAUAUCGGCCCGAGGACGGUACUGUUGAUGCUCCAACAUCACAGAUCCGUUGUUUUUACUAUGACACCAAUUUUCAACAAGAGGAAGUUUUGAAGACUGAAGUAGAGACAUUGAAGCGCGAAAAUGCACUCCUUAAGAAGGAAAACCAUAAGCAAAGUAUCGAGCUUGCUUCAUUGAAGCGGGAGUCCAACCAGCAAUUGAAGAGAAACUCUUCGGAAUUGGAGGCGCUGCAAAAGCGUUUGGCUGAAAUGGCUGCUGAAAUUAAAAAUGUGGAACAUACACUGGCCGGCACGUUUACCAAAAGACAGAUAACGAAGAUGAAGGUUGGGACGAAGCGACGAAAAAUGACACAAAAAGACAUUGCAAAGUCGUUAGCACUGUAUGCUGGCAGCAUUGUGCAAAAUUUGAAGUGAACUCGGAUACAUGUGUUUUCCAAGAACGCUGAGAUUACCCGAUUUCAAUUACUACAGGAUUUUACUGAUGAAGCUUUAAAGAGACUGACGAAAACAGCAGGAAAAGUUGUAUUAAGGUCCUUGUAAACGAUAAGAGUGAUUUUCAUGAGAUGCCUCUGUUUUGAUAUGAAUAUUCUCAUGUGCGUUGACGCGCCAACUGUGUCUCAUUUUAACACUGCACGUGUUAGAUUCAUAAAAGGGAAUAUUUAACAAUAGAAAAAUAAUAGGGAUGCUCACACCGAUUAGGUAAAUCCUGCCCUUAUAUGUAUUUCGUGCAAAUACGUCUAGUGAAAUAUCAAAGCAUACGAAUAGUGGUGUUUGUUGACUCAUUUCCUGUAAAAUCCAGUAAAAGUUACUGGAUAAUUUGUAAACGAACACAACUAAUGAAAACUCAACAUGCCCUAUAUGAGAGCUAAGGUUAAAUUUAUUUAAGGCGGUUUGCAUGUGUCAAAGUUUCUUAUGAGUGAGUUAAAGCUUAAACAGAUGGCAGCGGACUUAAUCCGGGUAACUGCAGUUAAUUCCCGAGUUGAUCCGGAUCAACGCUGCCGUCUGUUUAAGCUUUUAGAAAGUGAGAGCUUUGAAGUUUUCUUUCCCACUUCCUUCAGCGAAGAAAUUUGUGUACCGAAAGCCAAAUAGUUUUUGUACUACCGCUACCACCUUAUACGAAUUCUUCUUGAUUAGAGCUGAGAAUACCAGUGAGAGUGUUAUUUUAAGAUGAGAGUCACUAUGCAGAGAACAAAGAUGGCGCGGUCCGAGGUACCGGUGCUAUGGCACAAGGUAGCGAACAGAAGGUGGCGCAUUCCGCAAACCGCUACUUUGGUUUUGUCAAAUAACGUAGAUCUAUAUUGUGUGGCUUUGCCGAUUCUUACAGUUAUCUAUGUUCAUAAACAACGCCUCAAAAACUUAAAAUGCACCCAAAUUCACUAUACUUUAACUAAAAUCACAAUUUUU